UAACACACCUGUAAUCAUAUUGUAUCAUCUAGGAUUUGAAAUGUCCUCCUCAUUACUCCCCACAGAAUGAACUCAACAUCACAACUCAGAUCAUCACAUACACACAAAGUCGAUUGAAGAGACCCUGAAGUAAAGCCUAAUUACUCUCAACUCUCAGAAAAAUCCUUGGAGUAGAUGUCAAGAAGCGGACUCGGGGCACCUGUGGGCACCAUGCUAGGUGGCUCAAAAGAUUUCAUACAGAGAGCAGUACGUGCCCGCAAGGCACUUGGUGGUGGAAUGCGCCAAUCGGGUGUCUUGGCAGCAGCUGGUAAGAUUGCCCUGUCAGACAUGAUUGGCAGAGUGAAGGAGGACCACAGGAACGCCAAAAGCUUUGCUCAAGCGUUGUUGCAGUGUGACCCUCCUAUGUACCAGGUGGAUCUGACCACUGUGGAAAGCAACAUUUUGAGGUUCCGUCUGCGGGAUGCCCACAUGAGCCCGGCGGAGUUCUGUGAGCGGAUGGCAGGCGUAGAUGGAGAAGAGGUGAAGGCUCUGGGCCAGGGGGUCCAGGUUCUGAUGUUCCCACACGUUGGGGGAACAGUCAGGGCUGUGUGGCAUCUGGGCAUCAGCGAGGAAGACACUCAGCUGGCUAUACAGAAGGCUCAUUUUGUGGCCCAACAGCACAAGCUCAAGUCUAUCAGGGCAGCAUGA